AUGACUAAUCGCGGAAAGUUUAAAUUUGAGUCCGCCUCUAAGAGGUCGCGCUCACUGGUAGCGACUGAUUUCAGCGAUAUAAGGACCGUCGUCCGCAAUGACGGCCCUCUCGAAAAGCGUCGUUUCUUUCUUCAUCAUCUGCGCAACACAUUACGGUCUAAGGAUCUGCUAACACACAAGCAGACGUUAAAGGACAUAUUGAACAAGUCCGGAGUGUGGUCGGAUGGCCCACCUUCUUCAACUUUACCUUUCCCUGAAUGGAGCGCUUACGUGGUUGAAAGCUUGCUGCGUUGUGCGCAGUCCGCCAACAGCAUCGAGCUGACUACCUUAUGCAGACUACUGGCGAUAUUCUUCAAGGAUUAUGGAGAUCAGGAUUGUCUUAAAGUUCCGUUCGUUGGUCUUCUGGAGGUUCUGGAGGCCAACAAGGAUAGCAAUGCGGAGGCGAUAUUUUCCUUUAUCUCGACACAUUUCAGGUCCAACAGUCGUUGCGUGAGCCAGGAUCUCGGCGAUCUGCUGACUGAUUUCCAGCCGUGGUUAGGGCAUAGUUACCAACUGAUUCGGCGCCUGUCUAUGGAAUCACUGAGUUUGCUCCUUAGAAGAGUGCCAGAUACCAAAUUGCGGGAUGUGCUCUGCCGUCUACUGUGCAUGUAUGUUUCAUGCUUACAAGUUCCAUCGUGUUUUAGGGAUGGUUCCGAGCACCUUUUCUUCGGUAUAAUAAAAAAUGUGAAUGGGACGUUUACGACUAAACUCCAUCCACUGCUGAAGUUUGUGAUUUCAAGCCUUAUAUCGGAUACCUUCGAACCUCUAUGCGAUGGUGAUGUUGUGGAUGCACGCCGCAGCAUUUCGUCCUCCAUGAGACGGGCUAUACUAUUGAUGUCUCGCCACUGCAGGGGCGCCAAGCUGAGUUUCGAUUGGCUGGACAAUUUGUAUGACGAAAUAGUUUGUAAGUACAAUGAUGCUGCGUUGUCCCCAUCCGCAGCCUCUGCUUACAGCAUUGGCGCCGAGCUGUGCGUCGAGCUGCUGACGGUAUUCCGUGACGAUCGCCGCAUAAAGAUAAAGGAUAUAGCUCUAGUGCGUUCGGGUGCGUGCUUUGAUUCGUUUUUGUCGGAUUACGUGGUCCCCCUGUUGUCCUUCGCGAAGGAAAUGGGAACGCCGGGUGCUGUUUUGUUCGAAGAACUAUCUCAACUUCUAGCGCGGGUUGUGCGAACUCCCGGCGAAUCCGCUAAUGUGUUGCAUGAUAGGUUCGGGGAGAUUAUCGACUACGUUUUUUAUUUCAUGAGCAAGGGCGGCAACAUCAACCCGCUCAUGGUCUUGUUUGAAUGGCGUUUGAAGUGUGACAACCUGGAGCAGAUAGCCCACUUUUUACUCUUGAUAUCGCAACUAUUUGAUUGUCGUGAAGUGUUUCACCCGAUACUUGUGAAUCCUGCUGUUAUUGCUAGGAUUUGGGAAUGUAUCGAGGCUAGCAUGGAAAACAUAGCACGACUGAGGCAAGAACGUGCUGCCAAUACCGACCCGGUUUUGGUUUCUGACUGGGCAGCGCGCUUAGAAAUGGCAAUGUCCGUGAUUUUUGGUUGUGUGAAGGGACUUCGUAGCAUCCUUGCCCUGAGAUGUAGAAUGACGUCGCUGCCCCUUGAAGUUAAUUGCAAUCUUCUUGAGUCAAUUCUUCGUGAAUGCACGGUUUCGCUCAAAGCUGGAGAAAGCCCAGAUCUGGUAUCCGACGUAUUCCUACAAUGCUGUCUUCUGUUAGAAGAGCCAAAGUGCACCGUUUGGGUCGAGUUGUUGGUUGGAGUCGCCAACGAAAACCCAGUCUUGCUCUCUAAUCCACGCAUCCUCGACGAAUUUUGCAAUCGUUUCACGGCGUCAAUGGAAGCAACGGUCGUCGGUGUUCUGGCGUUGUUUCCCAAUGAAAGAGUAGAUUUUCGUCAGUCUGCGUUGAGGUUGUUCGCGCUAUAUAUGAGUUCCAAGAACGCAAACACAGUUGCUUUGGAUACCUUAUUGGAGAUGGAGCGUCUGGAAUCGUCCAUGGAGAACGAAAGACGGAAGUCAUUGCUAAUGGCAAAGAGUGUCGAUGAGUUGGAGUUACGUGACGAAUGGAGCUCGGAGAACGAGAUGUUAGUGGAGAUGGUUUUUAAGGUUUUAUUGAGCCAGUACUACGUAAAAUUCGCUCCGAACUGGGAGGCGUCAUCCGAGAGUCACGAUAAGUUGCUGGUGAGGCUAAAAUCUGCCUUUUCGGCUAAGAGGAGGUCGACUCUUGAUGGACUGCUAAAGAAACUGUGGACCACGUGUUUCGAAGUCGUAAAUGCGUGCGAAUGUGAAGCUACCGAGGCAAAAACUACGUUGCCUGAGUUUGUGGUCCCCUUUGUGGUGAAGGGGCCUUUCGAGUCAACUGACCCCGUAACCAGGCAGCGUGAAGUUUUGAGUGUUAUGACGAGCAUUAUAUCGCAUACGAGUAAUAAAGAGUCAUACAUCCGGAGCUUGUGUUCUUAUACAGUUUCCCAUAUGCUUGACGACUCCAAGGAAAUCUAUCGCAAGAAUUCGCUGGCAACGGUUUCCUCGUUGUUGCAGAAAUACAAGGUGAAAGAUGGCGCCGCUGAGUUAGUCGGUCUCUGCCUAAGGGACGGCAUUCGUUCGUCAGAUAACGCCGUCAGGGAGUACUGCUUAUCGAUAGUCGCCACUAGCUACCCUGGUCUAAACACAAAGCGGCUACAGGAGGUAUCGUGCGGUAAUGUGGGUAAAUCCCUUGACUUUGAGCACUCCUCACCUGCAUCGUACGUUGCCGAUUCCAAUAUGCAAACUCUUGCUGUCGGCAUUGAAAUACGGCUCAUUUGUCCUCGCAUUCCUCAGACUUCAAAGCAGAUGCACGGCAACUAUACCUUUGAUUAUCUGUCACGUUUCGAUGCGCGGUAUUUGAAUUUGUUGAUUGCCGAAUUGCUACCAGGGCCAUUGAAGAGUUUGUUCUUGACGGAAUCUGACAUGGCUGAGCCUUUCUACGCUUGGAUGGUCGACUUGAUGUGUUUUAAUGCCGAGCUGCGUAACCAGUUGCCGCUACAGAAGGCCAUAAGGACACUUUCAGUACUUUUCAUGCGUCUAAAGAAGAAUUUAACCGCACAAAGUGUAAACGUGUUUGAAUGCUGCGCCCGGAUUCUUGCAUCCUGCGCCGGGGUGAGACCGGCAGAUGGGAUCCCAGAACCCUUGGACAUUGUUGGUUCGAAAGUCGACGCAUUGAUAGGGAUAACAAUUGAGCUGAUGAUAGAUCUUAUCGAUACGUUUGACGAAUUAAUUCCCAGAUUUGUGUCUAUUUUAUCCCAACAUAGAGGCUUUAUAGAUGUGCUUUUGGGUAGACACAAAGAGGUCCUCUCCCUUGUUGUAUGCUUGACGAAUCACGUUGAACAUCUGGCAUUGAUAUGUUCAUCGCUCAUCGGGCCCGUUCUAUUCCGUAUAUUCAGACUUCCUCCCACAUCACAGCUCUUGGAACUGAUGGAUAAUUUAUACUGCAAAUACGCGCCGUCAUUGGUUAGCAGUUCGUCCCCUGGUGAUACAGUGCUGGAUUUGCUGAUUGCCGAGGCUGGAGCCGUGUUGGUAUGUAUUAAAGACUACAAACCCAUGGGCACUCACAUCAUGAAAGCGAUACUGCUGCUUCCCGUGAAUGACGAUCAGCGCCGCGCAUGCUUGUCGAUUUUGUUGUCCAACUUGCCAAAUGUGAGGAAGUACACUGCACAUAAAACCGCAAAGGAGGCUUCAAUGAACGAUCAAAUUCAGGAUUUACGCCGUUUGCUGGAUUGUUUGAAGUUGUGCGUUUCUCUGUUAAGCGGCGAUGAUGAGCCCACCAUUAACGCAAUAUGGGAUUUUGCGAACGACUGCCUAUUUCACAUAAACGAUUUGUAUUGCAGGCGUUUAUGCUGCGAGGUUUUGUCAUCCUUACCAGUGGAGGAUAUAAGUCUGGAGUCUGUUUGUGCUCAUUUGCAUAGCAUGAACUACUCAAACAACAACAGCAUAGAUGCGAAGAUCGAUUUCGACUCCAACUGCGACCAUUUAACUUCACUAGCGAUGGAGUUCGAAGAACAAACGCCCUCUCCCAAGGUGGUGCUAAGCGCGUUGUCACACGCUCUAUUCGUGCUGCUUAUUGGACACAAGGAGCCGGGUUUGCGUCGUUCUGUGUUGACAUUCACGUCGUGCGUGAUUGGCAUUAUACAUAGAUCGAUGCGUAAUGGUAAUGCAGCAGAUCCAGUCGAUGAGCUGCCAAAUCAGGCAAACUGUGAUUAUAUCGACACAAGCAGCUUGCCAUACAGCGCCCUCCUGUUGAAAGCCAUAUUCCCUUUUGUAAGACGGUGUCUAGGGGGUGCGCAUUUAAGAGAAUCAUUGUUUUACGUGUCUAUUGAAGUUUUGGAGCAGUUCGGUGGGCGAUUCUGCGAAGAUGUAGGCGCAAGAGGUUUGCUUACAGAUUCUCUUCACAGUGAUUUGUGCAAUGUUGAGGUCGUCGAAUGUCUGAGCAAAUUACGAAACGUGCACAAGUACACGCGUAAUGAGGGGCUGAAACAACUUUCUGAUCUGCUUUCGCGUGAUGUGGUUUUCUCGCCGGAUACUACUUACCGAUUCCUGGUUCCAAUGUGCAUUCAGUUCUUAACGCAAAGCCAAUCACCAGGAUAUGGUUUGUUCUGCGAGAAUGCUCGUAAAUGUUUGAUUUCGUGCGGAGGAAAGCUGUCGGGGAGUACGUUGUUAAAAUUCUUACGACAGCUCAUUGAGGUGUACGAUCGCCAUCAGGUAACGCCCACUCUCCAUGUUUUUUCUGGUGUUCUGCAAGCUUUACCAGUAACCGGUGAUGGCAGCGAAUCCGGGUUUUUGUGUGGCCAAGACUCUGACAACGACGACUCACAAUGGAUGGUUCACAAGUUCCGUGGCAUGUUGGCACGCUCGCAGCCAGACGGCGAUGAUAUACCCUGCGUGGAGGCGUAUGAGGCGUUAGGUUCGUUGCUGUGCCACCACAGCAAACGUGACCGUGACAGGGAGGUAAUUAAGUAUUGCCGAAUAAUUUGCAAGUCCUUAUGUUCUAGGGGUCGUGAUCCGAGGCGUUACGGCCGUCAGGCUCUUAAGAAGUUCCUGCACUGCAUGGGAUUUUGUUAUUUUCCCACCGUGUUGAAGGAGUUAUCGUCAAAUCUUACCCGUGGAUUUCAACUGUACGUUUUGAUUUUCACGACCCACUCCCUCCUGUCGUCCUUUGCUAUUUCUGACUCGUCGCUGAAGAUUAGAAGCGGUGAUGAUUUGGAUUUAAUAUUUCGUAUGAUUACAACUGAGAUGCUCGUUAAGCAUGAGAAACAAGACACUGCGUCUAAAAUUGAUGAGGAACGGCAAUCUAAGUCGUCAAGUCUUCUUGAGUUGCUGAGUGAGUUCGGCGACAUCGGUGUUUGCCUUGACAUAUGUCGUUACCUCUGGUCUCUUCUGAAAGGUUCCUGUAACAUGCCUCCCGAUUCUAGCUUCGAAUACUCCAACACGUUUCUGAGAAAUGUGGAUAAUUUGAUGUCGUGCUGCGUUCGUGGCUUUACUGCCAACAAGCAUGUGGACCUCUAUUGCCUGGCGAGCGUGCUCUUUUAUGGUUUUUUGCCAUCGGUCAAAGGGGUACCGGCGCUCAUAAAGAAAGAACUGCCGUCGCACAUAUCAUCGGAAUACACGCGCGUAAUAUGCAACGUCGGCAACUAUUUCAAAUCUUUCUCCGACACCGAAGCGCCCCCUGUCACGUCCAGCAAGCAACCCGAAUCCACGGCCAUAUCAAAUACCAAAAAGGAAGAGUACUACACCCUUUAUCCCGGUGCAUCCACUGGACGUUCUCUGGCUAAAGCUAAGAAGAUGGGCUUUGAUGAUCAUAUACUGUCUCCACUUUUUGUCAAUGCUGCCUUACGGCUGUACGGCAGGGUGUUGUCGACCCCCGAGAAUGUGUUUUUCUCAAGCGAAAAUACCAAAGGGGACUGUCAAUUAGAGCCAAUAGUUUCUCCCGAUUGCGUUACCUCAGCCUCCAAUAUUGCAGGCACCACGACAGCUUUUGUGAUCCUUAUAUGUUUUUUGUGCGACGAUGUGACUCUCCAGAGGUCUUCGGUGUCGUGUCUGUUUCACUUAUGCAGUGAUUCUGGCAGAUUUAUGGAUAUGUGCGGGUCGGUUCUGGCAGAUAGCUUGGUGAAACGCCUGGGCACGUUGCACUUUGUUGGUUCGGAGGACAUGGUAAAAGACUACUUGCGUUUAGUGGGUAACUUUUUACAAUCCCGAUCACACAAUAUCCUCUUUAACGCUUGGAAAAAAUCGGGGAGGUCUAACGAGCUCGUUGCAGGGCUUUUGCUUCAAAUAGAGGCAAAUCUGGACCGGCCUGGGUUACAAAGUGCUCUUUUGAAGCUGUUCAAUCGUCUGGUAGUGAUGGAGGUGUCAAUUUCGCGUGCACAGAAGACUUUGUAUGAGGUAUUUCAGGAAGUGUUCAUCAGGAUGUUAAAGGGCGCUUUAACUCCUUCCGCAAUGCGGCUUUCGUCUCGCGCAGUAGCCCAGUUUCUUACCAUUGUGCCAAUGGAAGAGUCUAAUCGGUCCAAAAGGUUCGGCUUACUUCUGAAGCAUGUUACAUCUUCCAUCUCGUUGGUCCGUUUAACGGUGUUGCAAUGCCUGCACCAGCUGUUGAAGAACCUAACGAAAAAGGGGAGUUGGAAACGUUACAGUGAGCUGGUCGGCGUGGGUGUCGCAAUGCAGCUUUUGAGCGAGUCCGACCUGCAAUGCAAGCGUGUCAUGGCCAACAUAAUAUCGCUAAUUUGGCGUGAAAGCCCUGUUGACCAAAAGCGAGGUUUGUUGGAGUGUCUCGCUUAUUUCUUGGGUAAUUCCUCUGGAUGUAAGGAUGCGGCGUACGCUUACUUCCUGUUUCACUGUUUGUCGAAUGAAACCAGCAUUUCUUGGAUACGCAAAAGUCGAGUUUUGGAUUUGUCGAGUGGCUUCCUUGGGUUGUUGGAGGACUUGAGUUGCGUCAAACCCAGUGGCCCCGAAUGGCAGGCGCCGUAUUAUUGGCUGCGGAUACUGUGCCACAUUUUAAGCAGCUGCCAAAACUUUGAUUUUUUGUUUGCAGUGAAGUGCAAUCCGCCCGCAGAUGACCCCACCUCGAUUGUUAUGAACAAGGUUUGGGUCUACACGAUCAAGUUUGGCGUUAGAUCCAGUCAUCCAUGGAUUCGAGCUGCAUCACUUCGAGUAUUGACGCUUGUAUUGAAUAACCGCGCUGCGUACGACAGCAUCCAAGGAGACCCAGAAUGCAACAUUUAUGGCAUAGCACGGCCCUGCCUGAAAUUGCUUUCCAUAGAGACCGGUAUGGUAGAACGACAUGAAAAGGUGGCAACAGCGUUAGAAUCAUGCCUGCAAGGUAUCGUCCAUCAGACGCUUUCGCGUGCUUCUAAGACCGAUUCGAGUAUCGCCCGAGUGGUAUCUAAGGUUUGCUAUAAUUUGCGCCUGUGUCUGGGCAAGUCUCGCCACUGCUGCCGACGCAUCGAUAUUUUGAUGUCGCUGCUUCGUGAGUACACAAGUAGCACGCGCGCGUUUGAAAGUUUUCUUAGGGCAACGUUGUUGCGUGUUAUGAUUGCAUUGACCCGCGCUACAAAAUGUGAUGUCUACAUUUCUCGAUCAGAAGGUGAAGAGAGUGUGUCAGACGAAGGAACAGCGGUUAAGCGCAGAUCAAUGGCUUCGGGAAUCGCAAGAGAGAUUUUGUCGACCAUAGAGUCUCAUUUCCGUUCGGUGAACGACAGCGGCGAAUAUUUGAAGCUUCUAAGUUUUGCUCAAGACUUCGUUUCGCGGCGGCGUAUUUUAAGGAUGUCUAAAACUUCGUCAAGCCAUGCCGGCGGUGGUCGGCGUGUGUCUAAGAAACGUAAGAGACAUCAAUGA